AAAUAUUCACUGCCGAGUAUUUCUAUGUUGCUAUCAAGAUGGCAGCUGACGUUGACGAGUUGGACAUUAAUCCUGUAUAUCAGGCCCUUCAGACUAACUUUUUGUCUCAGUUUGAAGAAGCUCAGGAGAAAUGUUAUGUGAUUUGUAUUCCACAGUCAUCUUCACUUACUGGUGUUAACAUUAAUUCAAAGUUUAUAAAGUCACAUCUGUUGAAACCUUCACCAUUUUUUAAAGGUCAAUAUUACACUUCAUGUUCAAAAGGAAAGAUUGUUUAUCUUGAGAAAAAUGAGCUUUAUUUGGAAGGGUUUUUUGGUGGAUCACGGACAAAGAUCUUAAAUGAAGAAAUUGGCUACAACAAGAUAUACAAGCCUUACAAAAUACUUGUCCUUGACAAACCACUGGAUCCAACCUUAAAGCCAGCAAAGAAUGGGAACAAAUCUCGGAACAGCAAUCUAUUUAUGCCAAAACCAACUGCAGAAGAGUGUCGCCAGUGGUUGUUAUCAUUUCCAGAAUUUGAACUGAUCUUGAGUGACCUGGAUAUUAGAAUAAGAAUGUUUAACACUAACUACAUGGUACUGCCAUGCUAUUUGGAGAAUACUGCAACUCAUCUCUCAGAAUUGGCAGAAGAAACUGUGACUGACAUAUAUGACUACUACACUGAAUACAUCAGACCUCAGAAAUGUUGUGCUUGUGCACCACGGUUAAUUCAGAAUGAUAUCCGGUUUCUCUCAGUUCUGAACUCUUCUAUUGAAAGUUAUAUAUUGGAGAAUGUCUACGAUACUGUAUUCCCUGUUAUUCGGCAACAUCAUGUCGAAGCUGACCAAGCCUUGUUGACACGCUGCAUUGAGUUGAGUGCUGGUAAUAACUUACAAAUAGGUAUUAAUCAGCAGUUUGACUGUGAUUUACCUGAAGCUUGUAACAUCCUUCAGAUGCUGGAUAGUUUGAAAACUCCAUUGGAGAAAUUAAUAUCAGUGAAAUCCUGCAUGGAUAGCAUCUCAAGUGGAAUCUCACAACAUACAGAGAAAUCGAGGCUAUUCUGUAAAAGUGCUAAUUCAUCCAUUUGUAUUACCUCAGAUGACCUUAUUCCUUUAUUGGUGAAGGUGUUGAUAAAAGCACAGUGUCCACAUCUACAGAGUAACAUAUUUUACAUGGACGUGUUCAACUGGUCAGCAGCAUCAAAGGACAAGGACAAUAUCAGUUACUGUUUGGUGACACUGAAAGCAGCUGUGAUCUACAUGAAGGAGCAAACCACGAUGACUUCUCGACCUGUUUCAGAUCCAACUCCAACUAUUCAGCAUACCCAUAAGUCACAGUCAGAAACAAUGGGUGCACGUAUGAAAUAUAGUGAAUCCUCGUCUGGAGUCACAACACUAAAUACUCACCUGGAAAGGCGCCGGCCGCCAAGAAGUUUAGAUGAAACAAUGGACAAUAUUACAAGACGUCUCAGGGAGAUAUCCAAUGAAGAGGCACCUGUUAAGAAUAAGAGGACUAGUAGUAUAUUUGGACCUUACAGUAAGAAGAUCUCGAUAACAUCUACAGAGUUAGUCCCGACGAAGAGUAGUACUAGUACCAGCAAAAGUGUUAAAAAACCUGAUUUAGGGGAUUUCUUAUCAAAUCUUCAAGAUGAUGUGUUUUGUGAAACAUGUGGAUGAAAACGAUAGCUAAAUACAGGACCUUAUUAGAUACAUGAUCAACAACAUAUUUUCUCAAAAGGCUCUUUUCACAACAAUAAAAUGUUCAAAACCAGUGAAAUUUUUAUUGAAGUUAAGGAUUAUAAACUAAUGGAGGAAUCUAUUUUCACUGAACAUUAAAAGAAAAAAAAAUUAGAAAAUAAAAGAAAAAUACAAUUAAUGCAAAAGUGAACUUGGAACCAAGAAACAAAAAUCACCAGAUACACCAAUGUCUCUUAGGUACUAAACUCACCUGAAAUAUGUCAUCAAGAAAGUUUUAUAACAAGUAGGGAACUAGAAGCAUCAGCAGUUCUGCUGAUUAACUAACCGUCCAUACUUAUCCUCACUGGAAAACAGGGGUCUGUAAAAUGUGAUGAUAAAUCAGUGCAAUUAAAAAAAAAAAAUUCCUUUUUGAUUUGAUUUCAGAUAAUAUCCCAAUAUGCAUUUUAUAAGUUGGGAUCAACAUAAAAUAUAAUAAACAUAUAUUUCUAUUUCACUGAAAGAAAGGAGAGAGACAGACAGACAAACAGAGAUGGGAAAUAUGUAAACAAGGAUUUGAACCUGCUUUAGAAUCUAUGAGUUAUUCCAAAGUGAAGUUUAUGUAAAUGAAUCUAAUAUACAAAACUGGAAGUCUAAAUUAAUUAAAGACAUUUCUAUCUAAAGUAAUUAAUAAUUUAAAACUGUGGUGCAUAAUUUCCAUCUAUGUGGAAUAACAUAACAUUUAGAUAAAUUUGUGUUAACAUUUAAUGAGUUUUUUUAACUAUAUAAAUGGUUGUGUGGUUUAAAGAAAGUGCAGCUGAUUCACAUAGUUUCUGGUUCAAUCCUGCAGCAUGGUACUUUGGACAAAUGUCUUCUACCAUACUCAUGAGUUGACCAAACAUUUGUGAUAGUAGAAUUUGGUUAGAUAGAAACUGUCUAAGGCGACGAGCUGGCAGAAACGUUAGCAUGCUGGGUGAAAUGCUUAGCGGUAUUUCGUCUGCCAAUACGUUCUGAGUUCAAAUUCUGCCGAGGUCGACUUUGCCUUUCAUCCUUUCGGGGUCGAUUAAAUAAGUACCUGUUACACACUGGGGUCAAUAUAAUCAACUUGAUCCGUUUGUCCCCUCUGUGUGCAGUAAAGAAAUAAGAAACUGUCUUACACAAAUAUAUGUGCAUAUAACAUUAAUGGAUUUAUAUCAGCCAAUUAAAUCAAUAUCCGUACUACACCGACUUAUUAGAGACACUUGUCACAAAUGCAGUGAAUGGCCAGGUUGGAAAUCUCUGACCAGUAAUGCCAUUAUUUAUCAUUUGUGAUAUUAAAUAAAAUGAAUGUGUAUUGAGGUAAAAAAAAAAAAAAUUAAUUACUAAGUCAGUAAUAUUGUCAUUUUUCUAGAUAAGACUGGAACUUUGGACAUGUUCCCGUCUUAUCUAGAUCUCAACAGCAGAAAAAAUGGAUAUAUUAAUUCAUUGACAUUUUGUUAAAAAAUGAUGUCACUAAUUAUUUCCAUUUAUGCUUUUUUAAUGCUGCACAUAAUUAAAUGUUAACACCAACUUAUCCAAUGAACACAAAAUUAGUUCAACCUGUAUAAUCAAAUGUUAAAAUAGCCAUCCAAGAGAAUGGUUAUGUUUAUAGAAAGCUAAGAUCAUUGCCAGAAUAUAAAUCAGCCCGAAAAUAUUUAUGCUAAUGCUUUUUGAUUUCUUUUGCAAUAAACUUUUUUUUUUCUUAA